AUGGAACAGCGUCGGGGCAGGGUGGGGGUGGUGGUGGUGGUGGUGGUGGUGGGGGGGGGAUGGGCGUUACUGGAAGGAGGCCCGGACGGCGCGGCCCUUGAGCGGCUGAGGGGGCCGGUAGUUGUCCACCAUGCAGCACUCAGCCUCACCUUCGGGCGUGAAGAGGAGACUACGGAAUCGGGCCAUCUGCGAAAACACGAGAUGGAGAUGAAGCUGGAUGUUGAUGCUGACUUUAUGCACAGCCAAAAGUGGUAA